AAUCUCCGUUAGUUGUUUGGCAACGGUCAUCGAAAGUGAACGUGAAUUAAAAUUUUCAUUUCCUACUAACUAUAAGAUUGAGAAAAAAAGCAAUAAAAGAAAAAAAAGGGAUAAAAAAAAGAAACGUGAUAUUAAACUUUUUAUAAAUUUUUUUUAUUUAAAUUUAAUUUAAAUAAUAAUUUCGCUUAAUUCUUAAUUUUAAAUAUAAUUACAAUCAAUAUAUUAUAUAAGUACAUAUAUUUUCUUUAUUGAAUUAAAAAUGAAAUCCUUGAAAAUAAAUUUUUUAAUAGUUUUUAUUGCCAUCAUUUUAAGUAUUGCAUUUGUUAAUUCGGAAGAAGAUAAUGCAAAUAAAAGGAAUUUAUUAUUAAGAAGACCUGGUGGGCCAGCUGCUAGACCUGGGGGGCCACUAAAUAAGCAAACUUCAACAACAACUGUUGCACCUUCAUCACAAGAUAACGAAGAAGAAAUUGGUGACGAUGAAUAUGAUCAAGAUUUAGAAGAAGCUGAAAAAGAGCAACAAGAUUCUGCAUCAUCAACAUCAACAACAACAACAACAGAGCCGCCUAAAAAGAUCGGGCCAAUUGUAAGACCUUUUAGAAGUAAUGAAGAUCUCCUUAAUGCUUUGAAAAGAAGGCAACAAAAUCAAAGAAAAGGUGGAAAAGGUCUAGAAAAGCCUACACCAAAACCACAAGAAUCAGAACAAGAAAAAGAGGAUGAAUCUGCUCCAGCUGCCGGACAAAAAUCUAUAGGCAAUGAUAGAGGAGCUAGACGAAAUAAAUUUUCAAAAUCACUCAAGGGCCCUGGUUCAUCUAAUGGUGAUAAUUUAGAUGAACAACCAGCAGCUGCCAGCCCUGCUUCACUUAAACGACCUGGAAGACUUAGCUUAAAGUCAACAAACAAAUAGAGUUUUUUGUAUAAUAUAAUAUUUUUUAAAAACCUUAUUUAUAAUUUUUUACACAACAUUUUAAUUUUUUUUAUAAUUUUUUUUUUAAUUUUUCAAAAAAUCUGUGAACAUUUUGUUUUUGUUUUAUAAUGUUGAAUAUUUUCAUUUUCGAAAUUUAAUGUUAGCAACUUGCUUAAAUGUAAAGAUAUAAGAAUACAAAAAUAUAAAUCUGAAAAAAUCUCUGUAA